UUUUCAUUAUUUUAAAUAAACUAUUUUAGGCAUAACUUGAGAUGAGUUUUUCUCUUUUUAUUAUUCUUAUUACGUAAAACCAACAUUACUUUUCUUAUAUAAGUUGUAGCAUGUAGUGUUUGAAAUGCAGGAUAAUUGUAUUGAAAGCUCAUAUAUUGAGAAUACAAUGAUGGGAAAUGAUGGUGCAAUGUUUGAAACCAAGUGUAGGUAUGAUGUUUUCCUUAGUUUUAGGGGAGAAGACACUCGUCUCACAUUCACUUGUCAUCUCUAUCAUGCUUUGUGUCGGAAGGGAAUUAUCACCUUCAUGGAUGAUGGAGAACUCAAGCUUGGAGAGCAGAUUGGUCCAACACUUCUUAGGGCAAUUGAAGAAUCGAGCAUCUCAAUUGUUGUUUUAUCAGAAAAUUAUGCAGAUUCUUCAUGGUGCCUUGAUGAACUCGUGAAGAUCCUCGAGUGUAAGGAGUCAAAAAACCAGCUAAUUUGGCCAAUCUUCUACAAAGUGAAUCCCUCAGAUGUGAGACAUCAGAAUGGAAGUUAUGGUGAGGCCAUGACUAAGCAUGAAAAAAUGUUUGGAACAGGCUCAGAGAAGGUGCUCCAAUGGAGGUCAACCUUGAAUGUCAUAGCCGAUAUGACAGGAGAGCAUCUGAAAUCUGAACAAGGGAGAGAUGAAUCCAAGUUUAUAGAAGAACUUGUUAGCAAGAUUUUCAUGAUAGUGUCUCCUAAAUAUUUGUCAAGUGAUGAGCAUAUAGUAGGACGAGAGUAUCGAGUUAAAGAACUGAAAUCACUUCUAAACCUUGAGUCUCCUAAUAUCACAUUGUUAGGGAUUCAUGGAACAGGUGGAAUUGGCAAAACCACACUUGCCAAAGCUUUGUAUGACUCCAUUUACAAGCAGUUUGAGCGUUCAUGUUUUCUUUUCAACGUUAGAGAAAAUUCAAAUCAAAUUAAUGGUAUAGAAUUUCUGCAACAAAGGCUUCUAUCAGAGAUCCUUGAGGACAGUAAAAUUCAGCUGGCAAGUAAAGCAGAAGGAACCAACAGAAUAAAACGCAGUCUAUAUUCAAAAAGAGUUCUCAUAGUUCUUGAUGAUGUUGAUGACAUUGAACAGUUUAAAAAUUUGGCAGGGAAAAGAUUUUGGUAUGGUAAGGGGAGCAGAAUCAUUGUAACAACAAGAGAUAAACAAUUACUUGAUGUUGGUAGGAUCAACAACAGAUAUGAAGUGAAAGUGCUAAACAACCAAGAGUCUCUGGAACUCUUCUGUCAAAGUGCCUUUGGAAACAGUUGUCCCGAAACAAACUAUGAAGAUCUGUCAAAUCGUGCAAUAGGCUGUUGCAAAGGCCUUCCACUGGCCUUAAAAGUUCUGGGCUCCCAUAUGAUUGGAAAAGAUUUUGUUGGAUGGGAGGAUGCGUUAAAAAGAUAUGGAAAGAGUCCACAUCGAGAUGUUCAAAAAGUUCUCAGAAUAAGCUAUGAUAGCUUGCCCUUCAAUGAGAAAAACAUUUUUCUCGACAUUGCAUGCUUCUUCAAAGGGCAAAGAUCAGAAUAUGUAAAGAGAGUAUUGGAUGCAUGUGACUUCAACUCAGGAGAUGGAAUUGAUACAUUAGUUAAUAAAUCUUUAUUAACUGUUGACAGCCAAAACAAAUGUUUGGAGAUGCAUGACCUGAUACAAGACAUGGGUAAAGAGAUUGUCAAAGAGGAAUCAUGGACUGAAAUUGGUGAACGCAGCAGAUUGUGGUUUCACGAAGAUGUUCUUCAAGUACUUGCUGAUGAUAUGGGAAGUGGGAAGAUUCAAGGACUAAUGCUUGAUCCCCCUCACAGAGAAGAAAUUAAUUGUACUGAAACUGUAUUUGAGAAGAUGAAGAAUGUUAGAAUUCUCAUUGUUCGUAAUACGAGCUUUUCACAUGAGCCUAGUUAUCUCCCAAAUAACUUAAGGCUACUUGAUUGGAAGAAUUACCCUUCACAAUCCUUCCCUUCAGAAUUUUAUCCCAGGAAAAUUGGGGCAUUCAAUUUAAGUAGAAGUCCUGUACUCGCACUGGAAGAACCAUUUAAGGUACAGGUGUGNCGCAGCAGAUUGUGGUUUCACGAAGAUGUUCUUCAAGUACUUGCUGAUGAUAUGGGAAGUGGGAAGAUUCAAGGACUAAUGCUUGAUCCCCCUCACAGAGAAGAAAUUAAUUGUACUGAAACUGUAUUUGAGAAGAUGAAGAAUGUUAGAAUUCUCAUUGUUCGUAAUACGAGCUUUUCACAUGAGCCUAGUUAUCUCCCAAAUAACUUAAGGCUACUUGAUUGGAAGAAUUACCCUUCACAAUCCUUCCCUUCAGAAUUUUAUCCCAGGAAAAUUGGGGCAUUCAAUUUAAGUAGAAGUCCUGUACUCGCACUGGAAGAACCAUUUAAGAGAUUUCAGCUUUUGACUUAUAUGAAUAUAUCUUAUUGUAAUAUGGUUACUGAAUUUCCCGAUGUGUCUGGGGCCAAAAAUUUAAGAGAAUUGAGACUCGAUGGAUGCGAGAAACUGGUUACUAUUCAUGAAUCAGUUGGACUUCUCGCUAACCUUGUUUUUCUAAGUGCUUCAGAAUGCAUCCUACUCUCAAAGUUUGUGCCAACAAUGUAUUUGCCUUCUCUCGAAUACCUUUCCUUAAACCUCUGCAUAAAACUAGCAUUCUUCCCAGAGAUCAGUGGAACGAUGAACAGCAAAUUGAAGAUUAAUAUGUUGGAUACAGCUAUUACCGAGCUUCCAGAAUCAAUUGAGAAACUUACUGGGCUUAACUAUCUUGACAUGACAGAUUGCAAGGAACUUCAACAUAUACCAGGUAGCUUAUUUAUGUUGCCAAAUUUUGUCACAUUAAAAAUUGGAGGAUGUCGUCGGCUUCGAGAGUCAUUUACAAGGUUCAAAGGAAGUCAUUCAGUUCGCCCAAAACUUGAGACAUUACAUUUCGACAAUGCUGAUCUAUCAGAGAAAGAUGUUCGUACGAUUAUUUACCAUUUUCCUAACUUGAAAGACUUAAAUAUAUCGUGCAACCCAGUUGUGUAUCUCCCAGCAUGCAUUAAAGAAUCUACUAACUUGACAAGUCUUCACCUGAGGUAUUGUGAUGUGCUUCAAGAAAUUCCAGAACUGCCGUCAAGAGUUCAGAAAGUAGAUGCAAAAUACUGCUAUUCCUUAAGUUCGAAGUCAUCAAACAUCUUGUGGAGUCAGGUCCGUAAAGAAAUGAAAAGAUUAGAAGUGGGGAUGCCAGAAAGUGACAUUCCAGAAUGGUUCGACCAUGUUAAUGAGGGAGGGUUUCCUGUUUUCACUGCCCGUAGAAAGUUCCCAGCUGUUGUUCUAGCUUUAGUGUUUGGUGUAGUGGAUGCCAAAGCCGACAGAGAAAUAAUGGAAGGUCGCUGGAGAACUGUCGGAAUGCACUUAUUCAUUGAAGGUGAACGCAGACGGUACCAUAAUUUCAGCGUGGCCGAGAAUCAUGUGUUGCUGUGUAACCUACGAGUUUUGUUCAGUUUGGAGGAAUGGGAGGAUGUAGGAUUUGGGGUUGAUGAGGAUUGGAAGACCGUACAAGUUUUCUGUGAAACAAAUUUGAGUCUAUGUUCAUGGGGAGUGUAUGUCUACAAAACUGAGACCAACAUGGAUGACAUCAACUUCAUGACUCAACAUCCAAGUUCCUCUUUGGUGUUGAGUCGUCACAAGAUGAUCAGUGAUAUGGAUAAAAUAGAAAGCAAGAUAAUAAGUUUGAAUAUACCACAAAUGCAUAGGGAGUUUCAUAUGUGGAGCACUGCAGCUCGAAAACUCCGCUCUUUUAAAGGUGAAAGUAGUCGAGUGUUGGAAAAAGCAUCGAGAAGGGUCAUGGCCUUGAGAGGGGAGGAAGGAAGAUCAGGAAUGAACAUUGAAGACGAGAGGGACAAGGAGUUGGAUGCGCAGUUGGAUAUGCUGGCAACUGCAGAACUUGAUAAACAUUUUCAUUAUCCUAACAAUCACACUGCUGAACCCUUUACUUCACAAUAUUGCCGUAUACUUUGAGGAAGUAGAGAAAGUGAAGGAAUAUUGCUAGAUACCCUCUUCUGUAGUGCAACUUAUUCGUUUAUCACAUAAUGCAUAUAUGAACCUCAAGAUUAGAAUGCUGAUUGUUCGGAACACUCAUUUGAUUGUGGCAACAAUAUCUGUGAAAUAACUUAAGGUUGCUUGAAUGGAUUAAAGAAUUUGUUUACUUAACAA